AUGCCUCACACAGCUUUAGACGUUCUUCGUACAUGGGACGGUCCUACCUCGAAGUACAUAAGUAAAUACUAUUUAUGUCAAAGUGUUUGGAUCAUGGAGCUUUUUUCGGCGGAUUUGAUUACUUUUAUUAAUAAAGCUAUCAAUGAUGGUGAUAUUAAUCAUAUUAAAUAUGGUGAAUUUACUAACAUUGAGAAAAUAGGCGAAGGUGGAUUUAAUACUGUUUAUAAAGCUGAAUGGAAAAAAGGCGGAUUAACAGUCGCGCUCAAAAAUUUAAAAGACAUAAGUUUAGAAGGAAUGACUGUUAAGAAAUCUGAUAGAGAGGUAUAG